GCGUCCGGCGCAGCUGGGCGCGACGUCCGGAGCCGGGGGCUGGAGUCUGCGCGCUGGCGGUGCGCGGGCGGUAACUUCCGACUGAAAACAGCAGGGAUUCAGGCAAUUUGGAUUCUUGCUGGGCUGAAUUUGAUGGAGCACCUGGGCCACGGGGGAUCAGGACUUACCUGGCGUUUUGGUGUCUGGAUUGGAAGGACCUCAUGGUAUAUGUGAGGAUCACAUUGGAGAUCUGCAGAAACACUUUACUCUCAUUACUCUGCAAGAAUUUUUGGAAAAUAACACACGAUUCGGUCCAAAGGUCCGAGCUGUAUACAUCUGGGGCGGAAACCAGCCGUUACCCAGGAGCUCCUGCAGAGUCUGCCCUCCUUGAAGAUAAUCGCCAGUGCAGGAGCAGGUCUAGAUCACCUGGACCUGAAGCUCAUUGCCAGCUGUGGUGUGAAGGUGGCCAACACACCACAGGCGGUUUCCAGUCCCACAGCAGACAUGGGGAUGGCCUUACUGCUGGCCGCAGCUCGCAGAGUCGUGGAAGGUCAUAGGUUGGCUAUUGCACCAGAUACAGAGAACUUUUCUACAAACUGGAUGGGUCAGGAAGUUACAGGGGCCACUCUGGGAAUCAUCGGCAUGGGCAGCAUUGGCUAUAAGAUUGCUCAGAGGGCCAGAGCAUUUGAAAUGAAGAUUCUGUAUCACAAUAGGAAACGCAAGAAAUUAGAGGAGGAGGAGGCUGUUGGGGCCACUUACUGUGAGAGUCUGGAUGACCUGCUUCAGAGAUCGGACUUUGUGCUGUUGGCCGUGAGCCUGACGCCCCAGACCCAGAGGCUGAUUGGGAAGAGGGAGCUGAAUCUGAUGAAGCCCACUGCCAUUCUCGUCAACAUCGGCAGAGGUACUUGCCUGCGCCACGGUCUGUGCAGAGGCCCGCGGGGCUGCAAAGUCUGCAAAGUCGGCCCAACUCGACUUUCUCCUGGACAGCUGUGGGUCCAGAGAGUCCGUGCGCACUGGCGGGUGAUGAGCUCAAGGGAGUUUCUAUUUAGAAAUAUUUCUGAUUUUUGUUUUCACAUCAUUUCGAGCCUCAAAUUAGUAACAAAAAGGAUGAGAAUAGUACAGUAUGGGGUUUUCACAUCCCAAUUAGGGCAUCUACUUUGGGGCAUCACAGUUUGGUCUUCUAGGUGUGAUUAAGCAAAAUUUAUGGGGAUACAUUUUCUGAGCCUUCACUUUAAAAAAAUUUCUUUUAAGUGUGAGAACGAGGCGGGGAGGGGCAGAGAGAGGGAGAGAGAAAACCCCAAGCAGGCUUUGCACUGUC